GUGGCGCCUCGCGCUCACGGCGCCGGCCAUCGUGCCCGAGUUCGCGCUCGUGUCGAAGCACGUCUGCGACAUGCCGGUGCGCGACGACGUGCGGCGCGUGAACCCGUGCCUCAACCUGUUGGCCGCGGAACUGCCUGUGUUCCCGGCGGCGUGCCGGCGUCGCGGCGCCGACGUUUUUUGGGGCGGUCGCAAGCGGGAGCGGGACAAGGGCAUCGACGGCCUCGGCCACUUCGGCCGCGCCAUCGCGGAGGCGAUCGCCGCGCGCCGCGGCGAGCGGCUGCCGCCGCGGUUCUUCGGCGAAUCCGCGAGCGUCUUCGGCGUCUACCUCCGCGACGUCGCGGGCCUCGGCGACGGCUUCGCGCCGGGCCUCGGCGACGGCUUCGCGCCGUCGCUCUACUGCCACCAGCGAGGCACGGCGCGGUACGCGACUGGCGACGACCUCUUCCGAAACCACUUCGAGUGCUACGCGUCGCCGCCCUUCGACGCGUGGUUCGGCUUCGACGCGCUCCCGCCGGCGGGCGACGCCGCGUGGGACCGGCGCGCCGUCGCCGAGACCUACGCGUCCCUCGACCGCGGCGCGUUCGCGGGAGCCUGCGGCGCGGCCGCCGGCGACGUUCGACUCGUGAUCCACGCGCGGCUCGGGGACCUUUUGGCGACGGCGGGCCGCACCGAGGGGAAGCGCCUGCGCAACGCGCUC